AUGGCGCGCGCGUCGGGGCCCGAGCGGCGGCUCCUGGCCGUCUACACCGGCGGCACCAUCGGCAUGCGGAGCGAGCACGGCGUGCUCGUGCCCGGGAGGGACCUGGCCGCGGUUCUGAGGAUGUUGCCCAUGUUCCACGACGAGGAGCACGCCCGGGCCCGCGGCUUCCCCGAGGACACCCUGGUGCUGCCGCCGGCCAGCCCCGACCAGAGGGUCGUGUACACGGUGCUGGAGUGCCAGCCGCUCUUUGACUCCAGCGACAUGACCAUCACCGAGUGGGUUCAGAUUGCCCAGACCAUCGAGAGCCGCUAUGGGCAGUAUGACGGCUUUGUGGUCAUCCACGGCACCGACACCAUGGCCUUCGCCGCCUCUGUGCUCUCCUUCGUGCUGGAGAACCUGCAGAAAACCGUCAUCCUCACCGGGGCCCAGGUGCCCAUCCACGCCCUGUGGAACGACGGCCGGGAGAACCUGCUGGGCGCCCUGUUGCUGGCCGGCCAGUACGUGAUCCCCGAGGUCUGCCUGUUCUUCCAAAAUCAGCUGUUUCGGGGCAACCGGGUGACCAAAGUGGACGCGCGCAGGUUCGCGGCCUUCUGCUCCCCCAACCUGCCGCCUCUGGCCACCGUGGGCGCUGACGUCACGAUCAACCAGGAGCUGGUGCGCAGGGUCCGUGGGCAGGGCCGGCUGGUGGUGCACAGCAGCAUGGAGCGGGACGUGGGCCUGCUGCGCCUCUACCCGGGGAUCCCCGCCUCCCUGGUCCGGGCCUUCUUGCAGCCCCCCAUGAAGGGCGUGGUCAUGGAGACCUUCGGCUCUGGGAAUGGGCCCACCAAGCCCGACCUGCUUCAGGAGCUGCGGGCAGCGGCCGAGCGCGGCCUGGUCAUCGUCAACUGCACCCACUGCCUCCAGGGUGCCGUCACCUCCGACUAUGGAGCCGGCGUGGCCUUGAGCGGAGCCGGGACCGUGUCAGGCUUCGACAUGACCUCCGAGGCGGCGCUGGCCAAGCUGUCCUACGUGCUGGGCCUGCCGGGGCUGAGCCUGGAUGGCAGAAAGGAGCUGCUGGCCAGGGACCUGCGCGGGGAGAUGACGCCGCCCGCCGUGGACGAGCCCCGGCCCUCUCUGCGGGGCAGUGCGCUGGGGCGCGGGGUCGCCCAGCUCCUCAGUCUGAGACAGGAGGCCGAUGAGGUGUGGGACGCCCUGGUGCCCAGCCUGGCCUGUGCCGCAGCCUACGCGGGCGAGCUGGAGGCCCUGCAGGUGCUGGUAGAGCUGGGCAGUGACCGGAGCCUGGAGGACUUCAGCGGUCAGACCCCACUGCACGCGGCCGCCCGGGCCGGCCAGGCUGGGGCCGUCACCAUGCUGCUGCAGAGAGGGCUGGACGUGAACGCCCGGGACAAGGGCGGCCUCAGCCCCCUGCUGCUGGCCGUGAGGGGCAGGCAUCAGGGUGUCAUUGGGCUGCUGCGGGCAUCUGGGGCCUGCCUGUCCCCCCAGGAGCUGGAGGACUCGGGGACGGAGCUGUGCCGGCUGGCGUCCAGGGCGGACUGCGAGGGCCUGCGGGCGUGGGGGCAGGCGGGGGCCGACCCGAGGCAGCCCGGGUAUGACGGGCGCAGCGCGCUGCACGUUGCAGAGGCAGCUGGGAACCUGGAAGUGGUGGCCCUCCUGCAGAACCUUCGGGGUGGGCCUGGUGACCAGGCCCUGGGUGCAGAAGUGCUGCCUGGGGUCUAA